AUGUGGUAUCCAUGUGGUCUGAAGCUCGAUGAUAUAAUCGGUGCUGGGAUGACCGGAUAUGCCGGCCGUUUGGAUGCUGUCGUGAAGUGGACUCAUCCUAAUGACGUCCGAUUCAUUGAACGUGAGAGAAAAGUAUACGAACGCCUUGGAAGCUACCAUGGCAUUUUAAGGUACUUCGGUCCCGUGGAAAACGGGAUUCUUUUAGAGUUCGCCCACCAUGGUUCAAUCCGACAGUAUCGAAUGGAGAACGCUGAGGCCACUCCGCUUACCACAAAGCUUCGCUGGAUUCAACAAGUUACGUCGACUAUAUGCUUUCUCCAUUCUAAAGGCAUUCUUCAUGCCGAUAUCUCCUGUAAUAAUAUUUUUCUCGACCUCGAUCUCAAUGCGAAAGUCGCCGAUUUUGCAGGCUCAGUCAUUGAUAGAGAGCCGUACCUGUGCUUCUAUGAGGCAAGCUAUUCACAUCCCAACAUCAAGGGCGUCUGUGUUCAAAGCGAGAUAUUCGCUCUGGGGUCUACUUUCUACGAGAUCCUGACAGGAUUUAAGCCGUAUCCUAAUCUAUCGAUUGAUGAAAUCGAGAAGUCCUAUUCACUUGAUGAAUUUCCUCCACUAGACGGCUUAGAUAUUUGUCAAUCUAUCAUUUCAAAGUGCUGGGAAAGAAGUUACUCGGGCGUUGAGAGUUUAUUACGCGAUAUCGAGACCGAAGUCGAAGCUAGUAAGACGAAGAAUUAA